AUGGCUAUCCUCGUAGUCGCAAUCAUCGCCUUUUUUCUAGGAUUCAUAUUUUCGUCUUACGCAACUCGUAGGCGGGCAGGCCGCUUAGCUCAGCUACGAGAUCUGAACACUGAGACGAACGGUAGCAUCAAAUCAGGCCAGAGAGAGACCGACAACAUCUCAAGUUCGCCGCAAGAUAUCGAGAUCGCUCCUAUCUCUAGCACCACUGAAGCCAACAAUGACCAAAACUCUAGCCAUGACCAAGAUAAUUCAGGCACCGAUAAUGGUUCUUUGAUUCGACAUGAGAGCAGCUCUGACCUUACGCUCGAUGUGCUCCAUCACAAGCCAGCUUCACGGCUACGCAUUCCUAAAUCCAAAUCAUACGAGGACAUCUCUGAGGUUACGCGAAGUUUUGGAACGACCAACGACACGACGAAGUCUCCUCCUCCCCAAGUGACGUUUCUGGAUUGGGUGGAUAAGACAGCAUAA